GCGCCUCCACAGUCCUCGCCCUCCCCGCCGCUGCGUGUGACACAUUCUCUCCUUCUCCCCCUCGCCCGCCCCCCUCGCCUCCCCUGCCUCCACCCCUGUUGCUGCCACACUCCACCAUGUCCCAGGUGCGGCGGAUCUUCUUUCACGUCUGGGGCCGCUAUGCCGGCCUCGGCGCUGCUGGCUUCUACAUGGCCAAUGGCAUCUUCGGCAUGUUCUAUCCUCUCUGGCAGAUCGCCGCAUUCUGCAUCGCGGCCGGUGUCUUCACCGCCCUUCUGGAGUACCCCUUCCCUGGAGUGCAACACCUCGGCUUCUUCUCGCACAACCUCUUCGUCCGGGCAGCCAUCUACUUCCUGUUCGCCGCCCCUGGCUUUGCCCUGGCCCCCACCUUUGCCGGGGCCCUCUUCAUGCUCUCGGCUUCGGUAAUCUACUUCUAUUCGGCCUUCCGUGGCGAGGCGUGGACCCCUCCAGGCGGCCGGCCGGCCCUGCGUAGCGGCGCCGCCAAGGCCACUGCUGACCGGGAGUCGGCCGCCGGCAGCAGCAGCCGCCGGAGCCAGACCUCCGCGCCGAGCACGGCCGCCGCCACUCCGCAGUCCUCGGCGGCCGGCAUGUCGCCGGAUCUGCCAUCCGUGGCCCUGAGCCCGUUGGACAAGGAGCCCACCGGGGUGGAGUAUCGCGCGCGCACGGCCAGGAUUGCCCCCCGCGUGGUGUCCAUCGCCGGCGAGGUGUACACCAUCACCAUCCGCGGUCGCGACUACGAAGUCACCGGCGACGAUUACGACACCGACUCCGGGACAUACUACGUGUCGGCCCUGCAGCACUACUACGACCCGACGCGCGAGCAGAUGUACAACCCGGUCACUUGCGAGUAUUACGACCUCAACUAGUGGCCCCCGCCCUCCUUCUCUGCCAAGCUCCGGCUCCCUUGUUUCUCUCUCCCUCUCCCUCUCCC